UUGGCACCUUUCAUACCACUCCUGUCUCGUGACCCUGAUAUGACCAUGGACUGGGAUUUCUGCAUCUGUUUGUACCUGUUUUGUGCAUUUCAGUCAGUGCUGAUGUUCAACAUCGACCCUGUGACCUGGAAAUACUUCACAAGAAAUAAUGAUGUUGGCUUUGGCUACAGAGUCAUACAGAGAGAUCCAUCUAGUUUGCUUGUGAGUGAUCCUUUAGUACAAUACAGCAGCGAUGCAAGAGGACAAGUUUAUAGUUGUGCAAUUUCACAGGAAACUUGCCUGCCGGUGACAAUUAAUGUGCCUUCUGAAGCUGUUAACAUGUCUCUUGGGCUUUUUAUGACUAAGGAUACACAAUCUUCUAAUUCAGUGGUUUGUGGUCCAACCAUUCCUAAGGACUGCAAAAUAAUUACUACCCUCAAUGGUAUGUGCUUUAAUAUCAGUGGAAACAAUGUAGUGAGUGCACCUAUACCACGUGCUUUGAGAAGCUGCCCUCUAGAAAUCGAUAUUGCUUUUCUAAUGGACGGCUCUGAGAGUGUAGAAGACCCAGAUUUCAUUAGAAUGAAAACUUUUGUUAUAACCAUAAUCCAGAGUUUUUCCAAGUGCAAUUCUCAGUUUGCUGUUGCACAGUUCUCCACUGAUAAUGAAAUUCACUCCAAGUUUGAAACAGUUAAAGACAUUCAUUCAUGGAGGACAAGAAUAGGAGAGAUAAAACAGCAAAGAGGAUGGACCUACACUGCAAAGGCUAUAAAUAAACUUAUGGAUGAGCUCUUCAUAGCUGAAGGAGGGGUGAGGCAAUCAUCAAUUAAAAUCUUAAUUGUUAUCACUGAUGGUAGAUCAAAUGAUGAACCUCAUCUCAGAGGUGCUGUUGAAAAGGCAAAAAAGAAGAAUAUCAUCCGAUUUGCUGUUGGGAUCGGUGAAGCUUUUGAUGAUCCACGCACAAAGCAACAGUUAGAAAUUAUUGCAUCUGCUCCUGUUGCUGAACAUGUGUUUAACGUGACUGACUUCGACGCAUUGGACAGUAUCCGUGAACAACUGGAAGAGAACAUUGCAAUCGAAGGAGUCCAGUCCACUGGUGAUUCUGCUGAAAUGGAGUUUGCACAAGAUGGAUUUAGUGCAGUGUUUACAUCGAAUGUAAGCCUGAUCAUGAGUUCUGUGGGAGCUUUCCAAGGGAAGGGCGGAUAUCAAGAACAGUAUCAAAAUGACCAAUCAUCAGACUUCCAUGUGGGAAGUGAGCAAGAUAGUUACUUGGGUAAGACCUUGCUCAAACAGAUAAAAAUGCAUAAAAUUGGCCAUACAUUUAUUGAGGUCAUCUACAAUCUAAAUAAAAGGAUACUGUGGUUGUCUGAUGGUGAAUUUGAUUAUCUUAUGUUUUUUAAAGGUUAUUCAAUGACAGUAGCAACACGGUCUAAAAAAAAGUUUGUGAUUCUGGGAGCACCAAGAUACAGGCAUAAAGGACAAGUGAGCAUUUCAAUAAUUGGAGUUAACAAAACAAACCUGCUGGUGGAGUCACCCAAGUCUCAGAUUGGUUCAUACUUUGGGGCUGAGGUCUGUGUGGUUGAUCUGAACUCUGACGCAAAAACAGAUCUUCUAUUAAUAUCUGCACCAACGUAUAUAGACUACCAUUCUGAAGGCAGAGUUUUUGUGUACUUUUAUUCUCGGCAGCCAUACUUCACUUUUUCUGUGGUGCUGGUGGGCAUGGCAGGUCAGAGGGGUCGGUUUGGCUCUUCUCUGGCCAGUCCAGCAGAUCUGAAUGGUGAUGGUUUCAUGGAUGUGCUGAUUGGAGCUCCUUUAGAAGAGGAUGGACAGGGCAGCAUCUACAUCUUCAAUGGCGGAAUAGAUCAAAUAAAUCCCAAAUAUUCACAGAGAAUUACUGGAUCAGCUGUGCGCUCAGGUUUACAUUUUUUUGGACUUGCUCUUAGUCAGUCCUCCCUAGAUCACAGUGGAGACAGUCUACCAGACAUUGCUGUUGGAUCAAAAGGAGCAGUUUUGCUUCUUAGGUCCAGACCAAUAGUGUCUGUGGAUGUGAAAGUAACCUACAGCCCAUCCAAAAUUUCAACAGUUGAAGCAAACUGCACCAGGCCACUGGAAAACACCUUGACAGUGUGCUUCAAAAUGAGUGGAUACAAACAAGCUUUAACAGAUUUGGCUGCAAAUAUUAGCUAUAGGUUCAAGCUGGAUGCCAAGCGACAUAACCACCGAGCAUACUUCUUACCCAAAAAUCGUGUCCUCAGUAAUGUUGUAAAUGUUACACUAGAGGAGGUAUGCAAAGACCAUCCUUUCCUUAUAGAGUCUUGCACAGAGGACUCUCUCAACCCACUGCUUAAUGAAUUAAUGUUCACUUUUGAGGGUCUGCCCUCCCAAAGUCUGGAGAACUUAAAGCCUGUUCUCUUACCAUGGAUUAAGAACACUACAUUAUGGAUGUUAAAUUAUGAGAUAAACUGUGGAUCAGACAACCUUUGUGUUGACAACCUCAAAGUGGACUUCAGCUUUGAUGGAUCUACAAACAUAGAGGUUGGGAUAAUGCAGGAGCUCAACGUGACCGUGUUUGUAGAGAACAGAGGAGAAAACUCAUACAAUACUCUCUUCACCCUCAGCUACCCCUUUGGACUUUCCUACAGGAGAAUUAUGCCUCGAGUGGGCAGAGUGGAUUGCCGUUCUUUAGAUGGCAUGCAAGGAGUUUCAGCAGGGGAGACCAUCUGUCGAGUCAACAACCCUCUAUUUGGAGGAAACACUUCUGUGAAUAUAAUGGUAGUUCUUCAGGAGGCCGUGUUUCACAUUAUUUACAGUAUUAAUAAAGAAAGUCAUUUUGACCAAAAGGUGACAUUCAAUGCAUCUGUUACCAGUGGAAAUACAAAUCACUCUGAAAACAGUGAACUAUUAAAAACGAGAAACAUCAGUGUAAAACAUGCAAUCUAUGUUGCCUUGUUGAGACAUACGGAUUCCAGCAUUUACAUAAAUUUCACGAGUGGAAAAAACAAUCUGGGAAAACCAGUGAAACAGAUAUUGGAGGUGAAGAAUGAGUUUAGAGAGCUAAAUUUAACAGUUUUCAUUAGAGUACCUGUAAAACUGGGAGCUGAAAACAUCUGGGCUGACAAUAAGUUGAAGAUUCCAGAUUGCUUUAGGGAAGAAGAUGAACAACCCACCACUAGUGAUUUUCUUAAAGUGCUCAAAAAGAAAAAUGUAUUUAACUGCUCUGUGGCGGUGUGUGCAGUGUUCAGGUGUGAUGUGAAUCUGAUGAGAAAUGAAAGGAAGUUCUAUAAUAUCUCUAGCAAUGUGAGCUCUGGAUGGAUUGAGCAGAUCGGGGCUAGGUCUGCUUCUUUUGAGUUGGUCAGUACAGCAUCUCUGAAUUAUGAUGAGGACAAAUAUACGUACUUCUCUGAUUCUCUCAGCUCUGCACCAGUUUGCGAGGUGAACACUCAGGUGGAGGUCUAUGAAGAACCCAGCCUCCUAAAGGAGGUCAUUGUAGGAGUUAUUGGAGGACUGUUGAUCAUCUCACUCAUCACAGCCACCCUCUAUAAGUCUGGGUUUUUCAAAAGAAAGGCCAAGCAGCAGAUAAAGGAUUUAACACAAGAAGCUGAUGAACUGGAAUAUCUAGAUAGAAAUUAAUGCAGCAUCGAUUUAUUACUUUUUUUCACUUCUAAUGCUUCCAUCAAAAUGAACAGAUGUACAAAAAUGUAAUAGUCAAUUGAUUCAAAUAAUAAUGAUUCAUUUCAUGAUUCUUUGUUUCUAACA